AUGUCUGUUCGAUACAGCUCAAGCAAGCAGUACUCUUCCUCCCGCAGUGGGGGAGGAGGUGGAGGAGGAUCAUCCCUCAGAAUUUCAAGCAGCAAAGGCUCCCUUGGUGGAGGAUAUAGCUCAGGGGGCUUCAGUGGUGGCUCUUUUAGCCGUGGGAGCUCUGGUGGAGGCUGUUUUGGGGGCUCUUCAGAUGGCUUUGGAGGAAUAGGAGGAGGUUAUGGUGGAGGUAGCUUUGGUGGAGGCUUCGGAAGCAGCAGCUUUGGUGGGGGCUAUGGAAGUGGGGGCUAUGGAGGAGGCAGCUUUGGAGGUGGCAGUUUCGGUGGGGGCAGCUUUGGUGGAGGUGGCUAUGGAGGAGGCUUUGGUGGUGGAUUUGGAGGAGAUGGUGGCCUUCUCUCUGGAAAUGAAAAAGUAACCAUGCAGAAUCUGAAGGACCGGCUGGCUUCCUACCUUGACAAAGUUCGGGCUCUGGAAGAAUCAAACUAUGAGCUGGAAGGUAAAAUCAAGGAGUGGUAUGAAAAGCAUGGCAACUCAAGCCAGCGGGAGCCUCGGGACUACAGCAAAUACUACCAAACCAUUGAAGAACUGAAAAAUCAGAUCCUCAACCUAACAACGGACAACGCCAACGUCCUGCUUCAGAUUGACAAUGCCAGGCUGGCAGCUGAUGACUUCAGAAUGAAGUAUGAGAAUGCCCUGCGACAAAGCGUGGAGGCCGACAUCAACGGCCUGCACAGGGUGCUGGACGAGCUGACCCUCACCAAGGCUGAUCUGGAGAUGCACAUCGAGAGCCUGACUGAAGAGCUGCAGUACCUGAAGAAGAACCAUGAAGAGGAAAUGAGAGACCUUCAGAACGUAUCUACUGGUGACGUGAAUGUGGAAAUGAAUGCUGCCCCAGGUGUUGAUCUGACUGAACUUCUGAAUAACAUGAGAAGCCAAUAUGAGCAACUUGCUGAAAAGAACAGAAAGGAUGCUGAAGCCUGGUUCAAUGAAAAGAGCAAGGAACUGACUACAGAAAUCGAUAACAACAUUGAACAAAUGUCCAGCCACAAAUCCGAAAUUACUGAAUUGAGACGCACGGUUCAAGGUCUAGAGAUUGAACUACAGUCCCAACUGGCCCUGAAACAAUCCCUGGAAGCCUCCUUGGCAGAAACGGAAGGUCGCUACUGUGUGCAGCUCUCACAGAUUCAGGGCCAGAUCACCUCCCUGAAGGAACAGCUGCAACAGAUUAGAGCUGAAACCGAGUGCCAGAACGCUGAAUACCAACAACUCCUGGAUAUUAAGAUCCGACUGGAGAAUGAAAUUCAAACCUACCGCAGCCUGCUAGAAGGAGAGGGAAGUUCCAGAGGCGGAUCCUACUGCGGCGGACGCGGCGGGGGAAGUUCUGGCGGUGGCUACGGCGGCGGCAGCUAUGGGGGCAGUUCCGGCGGCGGCCACGGCGGUAGCUUCGGUGGCGGCAGCUCCGGUGGAGGUGGUCACGGCGGCAGUUCCGGCGGCGGCGGCGGCGGCCACGGCGGCAGCUUUGGCGGUGGCAGCUCCGGCGGAGGCCAGAGCGGAAGCGGAGGCUUCAAAUCCUCCUCUUCCGGGUCCGCUGGAGAGGUCUCAUCUAAGGGACCAAGGUCAGCAGAAAAUCUCUGGGAUACUAACAAAACCAGAGUAAUCAAGACAAUUAUUGAAGAAGUGACACCUGAUGGUAGAGUUCUUUCAUCUAUGGUUGAAUCAGAAACCAAGAAGCACUACUAAUAAGUAGCAUCAAGACGAAAGAGUCUCCCUUCACACAGGCCAUUAUAUAACAGAUGCAUGGCAAAAUGCUCAACACUUCUGUCUUAAUGGUCUGUGGAAACAGGUUCACUCCUUGAAAAUAAGGUGUCUAAAAGGUGUUUUGUGAUUUCUGUAGUUCUUCUUUUCACUUUGCCAGAAAGUGUUUUUUCAUGGAAAAAGAAAAAAGAAAAACUUUCUGUUCUCAUUUACUAAUGAAUUUCAAUAAACUUUCUUACUGAUGCAAACUA